AUGGGCGCUGCACGUGAAGAGGCGUGUGCAGGGCACUUUAUCCUCCUUUCCUCUGUUCCCUACCCUCAUUCCUUACCCCGCUACUCCCCCCCCCUCCAGACGGAUAAAGCAACAUUACUGGGCGAGAUUGUAGACGUGCUGCGGGCUCUGCACGCAGAGAGGCAUGCGGAGGGGGAGGCGACAGAAGGGGAGAGGAGGGGCACGGACAAAGCAACACUCCUAGGCGAGGUGGUGGACGUGCUACGAGCUCUGCACGCGGAGAGGCACGCGGAGGGGGAGGGGGAGGCGGAAGGGGAGGCGGGGGCGGGGGGAGGGAUGGGGGGGAAGGGGUUUGGAGUGGUUCCGAGGGAUGUGGAUGUUUUAGAAGUGGAGGAGGUGGUUGGUACGGUGGGGGAGGAGGGGGUGAGGGAGGGCGGUGGGGCGGAAAGGGGUGAAGGUGGGGAAGGGGGAGGAGGGGGAGGAGAGGAGGAAGGGGGGGAGGGGGCGGGAGGGCGUGGGGAGGGGAGUGGCGGAGGGCGGAGAAACGGUGGGGGGAAGAGGGGGGGAAGCUGUGAGGGUGGGGAGGAGGGGGGUGGAAGGAAGAGGAGGAAAGGGGACGGUAGGGAAGAGGGGGGUGGAGGAGCGGGAGGAGAGGGGGAAGGGGGGACGAGAGGGGGAGAGAGGGGAGGGGGAGAGAGGGGAGAGGGAGAGGGGCUGAUUCGGUUUGUGGUAUCGUGUGAGGACCAUCCAGACCUGCUGGCAUCACUUAAGAAAGCGAUAGAUGUGCUUCGCCUGCAUGUGCGAGCACUGGAAACAGCCUCCUGCAGCAACCGAGUCACUCAUCAAAUGCUCCUCUCUAGGGACCCUCCCCCUGAAACCGACGAGCCGCAGCGUUCCUCCCGCCCUUCCUCUCUCUCCCCACUCCCCUCCUCCUCCCAUUCUGCCCCUGCUGGUGGUAGCAGCCCGCUCAAUUCCGGGGGGUUGGGAGUGGUGGAGGGGGGGGCAGUGGUGAGAAUGGUAGGAUUCAAAUGUGGGAGGGAGGAGGGGAAGGAGGGGAAGGAGGGGAAGUAA